GGGGAACACGGUGGGAUGCGGGUGGUAGGGCUCCCGCAUCCCCUCACACGCGUGGGCACGGCCGAGGGGUCUCCUCUUUCCCGGUCCCGCCCGGCCGGUGCCCGCAGCACUGCGGGUUGCGGGGAGGGUCCGUUCCCGGUGCCCUCCGGUGGCUGCCCAGCCGCGGGGGCGCGGACCGGCCGCCGCGGGGAUGGGCGCGGGGGCGGGCAGGCGGGGGCGGGGACGGCCGGGACCCCGGCGGCCCCGUGUGAUGCGGAGCGCGGCAGUGGCGGCGGCGGCGGCGCGGCCCUUCCCCGCGGAGCGCCGCGGUCCGGUGCGGGGCGGCCCCGCCGGCAUCCCGGGGGCUCCGGUGCGCCGCCGGGGAUGUCCGCCCCGGCGCAGUCUGACGCUCCCGGCUCCUUCCAGAGCCCCCGGAGGCUCCCGAAGCGCAAGAGCCGCUUCAAGCGCUCUGACGGCAGCACCUCGUCCGACACCACCUCCAGCAUCCUCCGCAGGCAGGGCUCGGCGGACUCCUACACCAGCCGCCCGUCCCUGGACUCCGACGUGUCCCUGGAAGAGGACCGUGAGGGUGCCCGGCGCGAGGUGGAGAGCCAGGCCCAGCAGCAGCUUGAGAGGGCCAAGCACAAGCCAGUCGCCUUCGCCGUGCGCACCAAUGUCAGCUACUGUGGGGCGCUGGACGAGGAGUGCCCGGUGCAGGGAGCCGCCAUCAACUUCGAAGCCAAAGAUUUCCUGCACAUCAAGGAGAAAUACAGCAAUGACUGGUGGAUCGGGCGCCUAGUGAAGGAGGGGGGGGACAUCGCCUUCAUCCCCAGCCCCCAGCGCCUGGAAGCCAUGAGGCUCAAGCAGGAGCAAAAAGCCAGGAGAGCUGGCAAUGCCUCGGGCCUCGGCGACAGCGGGAGCCGGCGAUCGCCUCCCCCCUCCUUAGCCAAGCAGAAGCAGAAGCAGACGCAGCACAUCCCACCCUACGACGUGGUCCCCUCCAUGCGGCCCGUGGUGCUGGUGGGGCCCUCACUGAAAGGAUACGAGGUCACCGACAUGAUGCAGAAAGCCCUCUUCGACUUCCUCAAGCACAGAUUCGAUGGCAGGAUCUCCAUCACCCACAUCACGGCCGACCUGUCCCUGGCCAAGCGCUCCAUCCUCAACAACCUGGGCAAGCAGGCGAUCCUGGAGCGCUCCACCACCCGCUCCAGCAUUGCCGAGGUGCAAAGCGAGAUCGAGCGGAUCUUCGAGCUGGCCAAGUCCCUGCAGCUGGUGGUGCUGGACGCCGACACCAUCAACCACCCGGCCCAGCUGGCCAAGACCUCCCUGGCGCCCAUCAUUGUCUACGUCAAGGUGUCCUCGCCCAAGGUCCUGCAGCGCCUCAUCAAGUCCCGGGGGAAGUCGCAGGUGAAGCACCUCAACGUGCAGAUGAUGGCAGCUGACAAGCUGGUGCAGUGUCCCCCGGAGCUCUUCGAUGUGAUCCUGGAUGAGAACCAGCUGGAGGACGCCUGCGAGCACCUGGCCGAGUACCUGGAGGUGUACUGGCGGGCCACCCACCACCCCCCGCACGCCCCCCACGCCGUCCCCUCGCCCACCGGCCUCCCGGGCCUGCAGAGCCAGCAGCUGCUGGGGGAGCGGGGGGAGCACUCGCCGCUGGAGCACGACAGCCUGAUGCCGUCGGACGAGGCCGGGGACACCUCGCCCCAGCCCUGGGGGGCCACGUCCCAGCGCAGCUCCCGGCACCUGGAGGAGGAGGAGGAGUACGGGGACCCCUACCCAGACCUGUACCAGCCCCACCGGCACCACGGCAGCGGCCCCGGGACGCCGGAGCGCCCGGGCGAGCGCAACCACGACAGGAACUGGCAGCGCAGCCGGCCCUGGGCCAAGGACAGCUAUUAGGGGUGGGGAGGGGGGGGGGGGGCACGGCUGGGAACCGGCCCCCCCCCUCAGAGCCCGGGCGCUGCCCCCCUCGCCCCAGCCCCGCGCUGGGGGUGCUCAGACAAUCUCCCUCUCGGGGAUCUCCUCGGCACCGGCAGCUUCCUCUCGCCCGGGCUUCCCCCCCCCGGGCAUAUCUUCAGCCAUAAGCACAGAGCUGGGGGGGCCCGGCGGCCAGGAUGCCCUGGGACCCCCCCCUCUCCCGAAAAGUUUUGGGAAACCCGGGGACAGCCACAUGCCUUCUCCCCCCGCCUCAGUGUCCCCCCGGCCCCGCAUCGCAGGCUGGCUCAUUCCCCGCAGGGCAGCUGCCGUGGACAGUGGGUGCCCCCCCCCCAAAAAAAAGGGUAGGUAAGGGGCACGGGGGGCAGUUUUAGCAGCGUCCCCCACCCCGCACAGACCCGAGGAAGAGGGGGAAGGCGCCCACUCCCCCCCCCCGGGGUCCUGCCUGCCCCCUCCCCACCCCUGCAUGGGACCCCCGGGAGGAGGGGGCCGCACCACUCGCUUCGCUCUGCAUCGAUUCCCCCCUGCCCCGACCACCGCAGCCAAACCGCCCUCCCUCGGGAUGGGGGGGGGACACAGAGGGGCUGCACGGGGUGGGGGGGCUGCUCCACGCCUGCACCCACCACCCUCCCCCUGCCCACGCUGCCGUCACCGCAGUCACCGCACACUCCUGUAAAUACGGCGCCCACCGCCCUCGGCCGGGGGGGACCCGGCGUGGGCUGAGCCCCCCCCGGGGGCCAGCGCUGGUGGGGAGGGGGGGGCAGGGGUGGGGGCCACAGAUUUGUUACGAUUUCUUUUGUAGAAAGCACUGAUUUCCCUGUAAUUGGUUUCAGAAACACACGAGUGCUUGGA